AUGCCCCGCCCCAGACCUGCAACAGCCCUUCGACCACCAUCAUCCUACAUCUACACCAUGCUGCCCCCAGAGACAGAAACAACAGUCUAUCCGGCGUCACCGUUGCACGAAGAGACCUCUCCGGCCAAAGCACCAUGGUGGCGUCCUCCCUAUCGACGCACCACAUACUCGGGCGCCCUCCUCUUCAACCUCGUCGCCUUUGUCCUCCCGGCGCUCUACAGCACGCUGUCCAAGCUCUGGGUGGCGAACAUUGACAAGUCCCUCGUCGUGACCACCGACGUCUACACCUACAUUGGCGUCAUCGCAGAGGUCCUCAACGAAGGCCUACCACGCGCCGCAUGGGUCGUCAUCGGCGACAAGGCAUCGCGCAGUCUCGGACACCGCCUGGGCCUCACCCACACGCUGAUCAUCAUCCAGUCCCUCCUGGGCCUCAUCAUGAGCAUAGGCUUCGUCGCGGGCGCUCGGACCUUCGCCAAGGGUUUCGUCCCCAUUGAGGUGCGCGACGUGAGCCUCGUCUACGUCCGCAUCAGCGCCUUCUCCGCAUGGACAUCGGCCCUCGAGACGGCGGUGGCCGCUGCCACAAGGGCGCUGGACAAACCGGAUGUCCCGGUGGUCAUUAGCAUCGUCAAAUUUGCCGUCAAUAUCCUCCUCGACUUUCUCAUCAUAUCGACGUUUCAUGUCGGUCGCCAUACGCCCACGGUCAAUAUGCAGGCUGGCAUUCAGCUCGCGUGCAACAUGGCGGCGGCCAUACUUGGACUGGCCUAUUUCCUCUGGACAGUAACACUCCCGUUCUGGCAUCGCGAGAGACGCCUCAUGCGACACGAGGAACUGGUGGCCUCCAGACCAAGCCUGUCCGCCUUGAUGGUGCUUGUACGGCCCGGGAUGCCCACACUCAUCGAGUCCGCUGUUCGGAACGCUCUCUACCUAUGGCUGGUCAGCACGAUUGUGGCCCUCGGCUCAACGUACGCCACCGCAUGGGGUGUCUUCAAUACCAUCCGCUGGGGCCUCAUUAUGGUCCCCGUGCAGGCCCUUGAGGCGACGAGCUUGGCCUUUGUUGGGCACCGAUGGGGCGCCUGGCGAAAAGAGAUUGGAGUCAGUCAGAGGCGCCCAGAGCCAGUCGCGUGGCGCGCAAUAUCCCGGAUCAUCGCGCCAGCAAUACAGUCGCUUGUGAUCGCUAUUGUGGUUGAGGUGCCCAUCGCCGUGUUCCUGUCGCUGUGGGGAGCAAAGGGCUUCGCGUUCUACCUCAGUGGCUCGGAAGAGGUGGCGGCCGUGACGAGCUACAUGUGGCGGUCCAUCGAGUGGUGCUACGUCUUCUACGCCGCGUCCACGCAGCUCGCGACGAUUCUUCUCGCGACGAGACCGCUGUGGUAUCUGUACCAGAGCCUGCUCAGCAACUUUCUGUACGUGCUGCCCUGGGCGAUUGUGUGCCAAGUCCGGGACUUGAAUGAGGGGAAUGCGUGGACGUAUCACGGCCUUGUAUUUGGGGGUAGCUUGGUCUUUAGCUUUGGUGCGAUCAUGAUUGUCGACUUGCUCUGGGCGUGGACCCUGAGUAGGGGGAGGGCCCGGCUCGAGGAGUUCCAUGGGGAUUGA